UAGUGAGCUGUUGCGUGCGGAUCCCGGCGCUAGUCGUGGUGGAAACGGCUUCGACAUCACUGACCAGGGAGCUACAUUUCUACAGUUUCUCGAGUCUCAACGUCACACCACUCACUACACUACAUAACCAACCUCACCAUCGGAAUUCAAACUGCAUCAAUGUCGGCCGAGAUCGUCUUCAGCAGUGGCAGUGACAGUAGCACCGCAGGCGGAGGAGGAGUUCUACUACAUCCGGCAACUGAAUCUACAACUGAGCCUACAACUGAGCCUACAACUGAGCCUACACCGGUAUCCUCGGAGCCCACAGCUGAACCCACAGCUGAGCCCACAGCCGAGCCCGCCGACCCAUCUCGCCGCAAACCGCAGAGGACCCGCAACCGCAACCGCAAGCCACGAACAGGCCCCGAAGCUGCCGAGAAUGUCACCAGCGGCGGCGAGCAUACCACCGGCCCCUCGCCGAAACCGAAACCGAAAAAGCCCCCCUUAACACACUUCCUCUCCCUCCCCUUGCAGCCACCCUUCACCGCGUCCUCCCCCCCACUACCGGUACCCCCCGCCCUCGCAGCACUCUACACAACCCUCCUGACCACCUACCCGCACCUAAGUGCGGCACUCAUCCCCCCAGAACGGCUGCACAUAACCCUGGGCGUGCUCUCACUCACCUCCCGCACCUCCAGCACGCCCAGCACGUCCAGCACGUCCAGCACGCUGCGUGAUGUUACAGCCGUGCUCGCUAACCUCCCACUCCCACUCCCAGCAUCACCUAUGACCGUAACCCUCCGCGGACUACACACCAUGUCCCCCAGCGGCAGCGGGAGUGGGGUACUCUACACCAUCCCCGUCCCCACGGUCCCCACCCUCUCCUCCCCCGCCGCAGACAGCCAGCACGACCUCCACGCCUUCGCCACCUCACUCCGCCAGCACCUCUUAGACGCCGGCGUGCAGUUCGAGGACGCCGAGCGCCCGCUGAAGCUGCAUGUUACGCUGGUUAAUACGCGGUACAUCCCCGGCGGCAGUGGUGGCUCAAGGAGGGGGAGGGGGCAGAAGCGGGCGGAGAAGCUGGCGGGGAGGUUGCGGGAGAAGCAGGUGGGAAAGCUGCGGGAGGAGCAGGCGGAGAAGCUGCAGGAGAAGCAGGUGGAGAAGCUGCAGGAGGAGGGGAAGGGGGAGGGGAAGGGGAAGGUGGAUUUUUCAAGUGUGCUGGACGAGUUUAAGCAUGCGACUUUUGGAGAGGCGAGCUUGGGGAGGGUGGCGGUUUGUGAAAUGGGGGCGAGGGUGAUUGAUCAGGUGGAUGGUGGAGAGCGGGAGGGGGGCAAUGAGGGGGAGGGGGACAAGGUGAAGAGGUAUAUUGAGGUUUGCGCUAGAAUGCUCACUGCCGAGGAAAAGGGAGGGGGAGGAGGUGCGGAGAUGGAGAUGGAGAUGGAGAUGAGACGUGUGAAUUGA